AUGUGUCACAUCGCCCAUCGCUCGGCAGCAGGAAAGAAUGCCAGCUUCAAUUUGCUUCCUGCGAUCCACCUCUUGGCCGAGCGGUCGCCCAAUUGGUACGGGAGCGCCUUUGAUGUGAUUCCCUCCAACGAGGCGUCCACGGUGGCAGCAGCGCCCGUGGGCACGUGGUGGCAAACUUGGGGGCCAAUCUUUCCGAUCUAUACCUAUGAGGACGUGGCCAACUCGCAGACUACCGUGGUCAUGAGACGAAAGCUCUUGAGACUGGGGCAAUCCCAUGUGAUCCAGCGGUGUGAUGGUGAGGGCCCAGUGAUCUACUUUACAGAAGGAAUGAACUUCUUCUCCAAUCGUGUGCGAAAGAUCCUUGGCCGAGCGGCCGAGACCCAGCAGGGCUUCCAGUCGAUCACCUUCCGCGGCGUGGAGAGCCGGAAAGAGUUGGCCUCUUCGGUCUUGCAGGAACGUCACUUCCAUGGGAAGUUCGACCUUUGGCUCGUUCAGAAUCACAAGAAGGACUUGAUCCUGCCAGACUAUGUCGCCAGUGCCACCACGCUCUUGUACGCCUUUUUCACCUUACAUCAAGACCGGCGGAAGGUGAUGUCGCACGAACAUGAGGACCUGGGUGUGUUGAUGUGUGUUGGCCUGUGGCCUUGUGGAAAGCGGCCGGAGCACCACGACAAUCCCCACUUCUUGGCCGCGGCGAAGCGACUCAACGCCUCGGACGCGGAGUUCCAAGCGGCGACUUGGGCCGAGACGGUCGGUCAUCUCCGAGCGUUGGCCCCUCCAGCAGCCCAAGACGUGACGGCCAAAAAAAGGGACCGGAAAGCGAGCGGAAAGGACGUGCAAGGCGAUGGGCUUCAAGCGUACGAGGUACUUCUGGCUGCUCCCGCUUGUGGCAUGGGGAGCCUUCAGCUUGAGUUUUUUGAACAACUUGGCGCCAACGCAGAGGUCCUUGGGCCGGGGCGAUCCACUUCCUCGCCUUCGGCCAUUUUUGUGCUGGGUAGUUUGACCAUCCUGGCAGCAGCGAAGGCCACUUCGAGGCGAUCUGCUCUCAUCAGAAGAAGAGCGGAAGAAAUCGAGGACUGGUCCUUAGAGUUCAUCUCGAAGAAAUAUGCCCCUGAGGUGGCCAAGAUUCGGGAGCUCUGCAAGGAGCUCCCAGAGGACUACGAUGAUAUCAAGUUAAUGCGCUAUGCGAUGCAACAUCCCGGCAAGCCGGAAGACGCUGCGGCCAAUGUGAAAGAAGUCUUGGCAUGGCGACAAGGCGAAGGCGCCCAGUUGUGUGAGGCAGCGGCCAAGGCCAUCGAGAAGGCGCAGGAAGGUGGAGGAUGGGACAAUGCGCCAGUGCUAGCAGCCGCGCCAUAUGCGGACAAGAUCUCCAAGUACAUUACACCCUCGCAGAUGGUGGUGGUGAGCACCAAGGUCGGUGACUUGGUCACCUGCAUCCGGGCCUCCACCAUCGACAGUGAAGCCUUGAUGAAGGAAGUCUCCGAGGAGGAGAUGACCGAGUUUUUCAUUUAUGCGCGGGAGGUGAACUCUGCGAUCGCGGAGCUGCGCACGCGCGUGGACAGUUUGGUGAACCUGUCCAGCGAAAAGGCAGAGUCCGUCAAGCAGGGUGCCCUGCUUUGA